AUGCAGACUGCUUCUACAAACAUUUGUGAAAGAAUGGGUCGCACUCAGGAGCUCAGUGAACUCAAGCGAGGUACCGUGAUAGGUUGCCACCUGUGCAAUAAGUCCAUCCGUGAAAUUUCCUUGCUGUUAAAUAUUCCACAGUCAACUAUUAGUGAUAUUAUAACAAAGUGGAAGCAACUGGAAAACAACAGCAACUCAGCCACGAAGUGGAAGGCCAUGUAAAAUGAGAGAAGUGGUCUCAGCGCAUGCUGAAACGCACAGUGAGCAGAAGUCACCAACUGUCUGCAGAGUCAAUAGCUAAAGACCUCCAAACUUCAUGUGGCCUUCAGAUUAGCACAACAGCAGUACAUAGAGAGCUUCAAAGAAUGGGUUUCCAUGGCCAGGCAGCUGCAUCCAAGCCUUACAUUACCAAGUGCAAUGCAAAGCGUCAGAUGCAGUGG